AUGAAGUUUGGAAAUGCUUUAUCUCCGAUAAAGACAUACGGUGUUCUUGUAUUUUGCCCAGAUAACGGUUUUGAUUCGGUCAAUUGUAAAGAGCCAUUAUUUAGCAUUUCUCAUAUUUGGGAAUUGGCGAAAAUGUUUGAAAAUAAAGCUGAUGAUGAAGUUGCAGACAAAUAUGAAGUUGAGCAGAAUUCUCAGAUAAACAAACAACGUUCUACUUCAUCACCACAAUAUUCUGGUGUCAUAACGUAA